AUGCUUCUCAAAACCGCCGUAACCGCUUCCUCUUCCUCACUUUCUCUCUUCAACUCACAAAACGCGCGCUUGCUUACGUUUCUCCACAGAGGAAGCAAAUCGAACCAAUUCUCUGUUUCUGCUACCAAAGGCUCUAGCAAUGACCGUGUUCUAACAGGUGUAUUGUUUGAACCUUUUGAAGAGGUGAAAAAAGAACUCGAUCUUGUUCCUAUUGUUCCACAAGAUUCUAUUGCUCGCCAUAAAUUUCAAGUUGAAUCUGAAGCUGCUGUUAAUGAACAGAUCAAUGUGGAGUAUAAUGUUUCGUAUGUUUACCAUGCGAUGUAUGCGUAUUUUGAUAGAGAUAAUGUUGCGCUAAGAGGUCUUGCUAAGUUUUUUAAAGACUCGAGUGAAGAGGAAAGAGAGCAUGCUGAGAAAUUGAUGGAAUAUCAGAACAAGAGGGGUGGAAAAGUGAAGUUGCAAUCUAUAGUGAUGCCGUUGUCUGAGUUUGAUCAUGCUGAUAAGGGUGAUGCGCUGUAUGCAAUGGAACUAGCACUGUCAUUGGAGAAGUUAACAAAUGAAAAACUUCUUAACCUGCACAGUGUUGCCUCAAAAAAUGGUGAUGUGCAGUUGGCAGACUUUGUGGAAAGUCAGUUUUUGGGUGAACAGGUUGAAGCCAUCAAAAAAAUAUCCGAGUAUGUUGCUCAGCUUAGAAGAGUUGGCAAAGGACAUGGUGUUUGGCACUUUGAUCAGAUGUUGCUCAAAGAGGAAGCUGCUGCAGCUUGA